AACUGCUCUGCGUGUUCAAAGUUUAUUGAUUCGUCGUAUACAGUACUCUAUUUGCAUCUUCCCUGUUUUUUUACAGCAUCUUUGUAGAUCUGAAACAUGCCGAAACGCAAUGUGGCUUUUAUCAAACCGGAAGAGCCUAGUUUUCUGAAAAAAAUUAAAGAACAAAUCGGCUACAGAGAAGGUCCGUCACUAGAUGAUAAGCGUGAAGCUAUAGAAAAUUACGAAGACUCCGAUGAUGCGGAAAAAGACGAUGAAAAACCGCAGGUGGUUGUUAUCAAAGAUGGUGAUCUUACAGAAGAGGAAGCAGCGAAGGCUUUAAAAGAGGAAAGUGAAAAACCAGCUGAUCUCGACCAGAAAAUUGUCUUCAAAUCAAGGAAAUCGAAACCUGAUAAAGCAGAACCACAACCAAAACCUAAACCAGUUGAAAAGAAAGCUAAACGGGCAAAGGAAAAGGAGCAGAAAAGUAAGCUUUCUUUCAACGAUGAUGACGAAGAUGAAGAGGAAAGUUAG